AGUUGGUUGCAAAAGGAGUUCAGUGCCAAAAUAGAAACAGCAGCCGAAAGAAAUUUCGCUCUCGUGUCGGCGAAUUCGUCCGGCGCGGCCACACAAAAGCAGGCUCUUCGGACACCUAAGGGUGCGAACGGGACACUCACCUAAAGGCUGCGGACCGGGCUCGGACGGUCGGGUCGCGUGACACGCGGAGUUUUGGGCGAAUUUACUUUAGAUUUCGCGGACCAAGGUUGACCGCCGCGGCAGCCAAAGUUCAUUUCAAGGGCGUUUGCCGGAGAGAGAAAUAGAAAAUGACUCGGUGAUGAUUUUUCGAUGACUUCCAGUUCAAGUCGUGACGGCGCGAAAGGCACGUGCGCGAACUACACACGAAAAGAUCGAAAGAGGCUUCAGAGGUCGCGACCUUUACGCUUGGAGCCGGAUUGGCAUCGGACCACCGAGGGCAAAAGGCUUUGUCGAUAAUCGUCCAUCAUGGUGAAGCAAACGCUCCUCUCUUUGGACAUUGUUCAGAACGUGGCCGCCGAUGUGGAUCAAUACGAAGAGCGGCCGCAGGUGCACCGCUGCCUCGGCUGCCACCCUCCCCUUGCAGACAGCGUCCUCCGCAGGGUCCGGUCCGGCGACCUUUUCUUCUCGAUGGAGUUUUUUCCGCCGCGAACCAAAGCCGGCGCCGCCAACCUCCUCUCAAGAUUUGACAGGGUGAAAGCGGGAGGGGCGCUUUUCUGCGCCAUUACCUGGCACCCUGCCUGCGACCCUGGAGGUUAUUCGGAAACCUCAUCGAUGACGAUUGCGGGCUCUGCUUUUAACUAUUGUGGUUUAGAAACUAUGCUGCACAUUGCAGCUACCAACCUCACCAAGCAAGAAGCUCUGAGACACCUCAGGAGGGCCAAGCACAUGGGCGUGAGGUCAAUUUUGGCACUUAGAGGAGAUAUCACUCCUGACUACAAACCGCCCGUUGAUGGAUUUAUUCACGCAGUCGAUCUUGUUCGGCUAAUUCGCUCCAACUUUGGCUCUUAUUUCACCAUCGCAGUCGGUGGCUACCCUGCUGGACACCCUGAAGCCAUCUCUUAUGAGCAUGACCUGCAGUACCUCAAAGAGAAGGUUGAGGCCGGCGCUGACUUUGUUAUAACGCAACUGUUUUUCGAGGCGCACCAGUUCAUUACUUUUGUGCGGGACUGCAGAAAAAUUGGCAUCACCGUUCCGAUCGUGCCUGGAAUUUUGCCCAUCCAGAGCUUUUCUUCGUUGAGGCAAAUCGUGAAAAUGUCGCAGCUUGAGGUACCGGAAUCAAUCACAAAGGCCAUCGAGCCUAUCAAAGACAACGACGAAGCUGUCCAGAAUUUAGGAAUUCACUUGGCAGUUGAAAUAGUGAAGUCGGUUUUGGACGCCAAAUCUGCUCCUGGAUUUCACUUUUUUACACUCAAUAGGGAGAAUGGUCCAGCAGAGAUUUGCAAGCGAGUAGGUGUUUGGCAGAGUUCACCGUCGCGUCCACUACCAUGGCGCUUGGGCGACAAUCACCGGCGGUGCCACGAGCAGGUUCGGCCGAUUUUCUGGGCGUCCCGACCAAGGGCCUAUGUGCACCGCACCCAGCACUGGGACGAUUUUCCAAACGGUCGGUGGGGCAAGCACGACUCGCCCGCCUUCGGAGACCUUUCCGACUACUACCUUUUCUACCUCAAGAGCGAAAUUCCUCCUGAGCAGCUCAGGGCCAUGUGGCUUAAUAGGCUGGAAAGUGAAAAAGACGUAUGGCACGUUUUCCACAGUUACGUCGCACAGACCCCUAACAAACAGGGUGUCAAUGUCUCACACCUUCCUUGGAAUGACAGUGAGUUAAACGAAGAAACUAUUCCGUUGGUAAAACAACUUAUCGAUCUGAACAGCCGCGGAAUUUUGACCAUUAACUCCCAGCCGAACGUGAAUGGCACUCCGAGUAGCGACCCUGUGGUUGGUUGGGGUUCGCCUGAUGGCUACGUCUACCAAAAGGCUUAUUUGGAGUUUUUUGCACGUCCAGAGGUGAUCAAAGCGCUUUUGGAGGAGGUCAAGAACUUCCCUUCGGUGCAUUACCACAUUGUUGAUAAAACCGGAGAAAAAUCUUACACAAAUACGUUUAAAAACGUGCCCAUCGCGGUCACCUGGGGCGUCUUCCCGGGUAGGGAAAUCAUUCAACCAACCGUCGUGGACCCUGUCAGUUUCAACGUGUGGAAGGACGAAGCAUUUGCUCUGUGGAGAGAGCAGUGGGGCCGACUUUACAACCCCGAGUCGCAGUCUCGACGUGUGCUGAGCGAAAUCGAGAAUUCCUAUUUCCUGGUCAAUUUGGUGGACAAUGAGUUUCCAAGGCCCUGCUGUCUUUGGAGCCUCCUGGACAAAACUCUCAAUGAGUCAAAAAUAAAACUGGAGAAAUAGAAAUAUAGACUUCUAGAUGUAAUGUUGCUAAAUAUUUUUUACUGAUUAGUGCGAUUCUUUCUGUUCUCACUCCCCAUGCCCAAAUUUGAAGUUAGCCGAUUGAGAUUUUCACAGCAUAACAACCAUGACUUAAAAGCAACACCCCUAAAUUUUUUUGAAAAAAUUUCCAAAAUUGCGGGUUUUAUGGGACAUUUUGAUAAAAUUAAAAAACCUAAUUUUCUCGCGUUCUAUUGAUCAUAGAACAAAAAUCCGGGUAUGGUUGAAUUUGUCUUGACGAUUUUUACAAGUUUGCUGUUGAGUAAAAAGUUGUAGGUCAAAGUUCAAGGUCAUUUUUCAUGACCUCAAAUUUUCAAAUUCAAAUUUGAAAAUGGGCCGCACGUUUUAAAAAAAUUUUGAGAUUGCCAUUCGAUUCCUCAUGAAAUUUUACAUAAAAUAUGUCAAAACUGGAGUGACGUUUUUCUUUGUUAAAUUUAAAAAUAAAAAAGAAUAUUAAAAAACGUGGUUUUUAGUGCC